GAGAAGGGUGACCUUUCUCCCCGCGGAAAGGUUUUUUCUGUAGACUGCAGUCUAAUGCUCUUUGAAUGCAAAAAAUGAAGACCGAAACGACCCAACAGUUCAAUGCAAAUUUUGUGUCUUCCCUCCAAAAAGCCAACUGUGAACAAAAUCCAAAGCAAUACCGAUGGCUAGAGCAGUGCUAUGAGAUAGUUAUUUCUGCAAAAUCUGAUGAUGAUUUGCCUAUUAUCCCGAUUGAUGGAGGUUCAGAUGCUGGUAUGUUCUGCGUCGUUGGUGCCCAAUUUGAUCCUUCUCGGAUAAUUUAUCAUGGUCAUGAUAAUAAUUCUUCAAAAUCUAUGAAACCCGGUGAUAUAAUUUUAGCUAUCAACGGUUAUGAACUCUCAGGAUAUACAAAACGUGAUGCUGUUACAUUGUGUAAUGCUUGUCUACAGUCUCAGUCUCAUGUUCGACUACAUCUUAGUCCACCGCAUGCUUUAGCAACAAGCAGUACAAUGCUGUCAAGUUUUUUAGCCAUUUCCUUUGCAAUGGACUCACCGGAGUAUGCUCUUCAAGAAAAAAUACGAGAAAAUGUAUACCAGCGUGUAGUACCAUGUACAACUAGACUGCCUAGAGCAGAAGAAGUAGAUGGGGUACACUAUCGUUUUAUGAAUGUGCCUCAAUUUCUUGCACUUGAACGUAGCGGACAAUUGUUGGAAAGUGGAAUGUACAAAGGCAAUCAUUAUGGUACGCCUCGACCAGAUCCUGAUUCUACCGCUUUGGAUAGUAUAUUCCUGGAGCAAUUUCAAAUGUCAUCGACUGACAUUUCUCAAAUUAGUGAUGAUGCGUGCUGGUGUAAAAUUAAGCGAUUCCAUUCAACUGCCUACCUGUUCCCCACCACCACCUCCUCCAAUACGUAAUUCAUCAAUUACAAAAAAUUCUAAUAUUACUUGUAGCAAUGGUAAAUCAAAUGGUUUUCUUGCUUUAUGCAAAAAUGACAGUUAUGUUUCAAAAGCAUCAGAUAACAGUGACAAUAAACAUUUAAAUGGAUUAAUCAGUGAUUUUGAUAGUAAGAUAUAUCUUCCUCGUCCCAACUUUAAUAAUGAGACCAGUUUAUGGUCACCGGUUGGAUUACAUACAAAUGGUGACAAUCAGUCUUCAUUUAUUAAUACUACUACUACUACUACUGCUACUACUACCACUACUACUACUAAUAAUAAUAAUAAUGCCUCUUCUACAAUCAGUUCUAAUCAUGUCAGCACUUCUAGAAUAGACGGUUGUACACCUGUUGAUGGCAUCGAUAGCUUUUGUGAUCAAACUGCCUAUUCAGUGGAUAAAUUAGAUCAACCUGGUGAACAUGUAUUACCAUAUGGUUGGGAAAUUGUGCAAGAUAUUAAGUAUGGUACCUUUUAUAUUGACCAUAUUAAUAAGCAUACACAAUAUGAACCACCAACAGUGGAAGACUUUCAAAUAGCAGAGAAAGCACGUCUAAAGUAUUUAUCACAAAUUGAAUCAGUGAAUGAUAAUAGUAACAAUCCAAUUACAAAUUUGAAAAAUAUCAAGUCUGUACCAAUUGAUAUCAAUUGUAAUGGCAAGAAAACAGCGAAUGGUGAUACUCCUGAUGAUGAGGAGUGCAGUGAACAAGUCUCAUCAGUUGACGACGACGGUGGUCGUAUUACACCAAUGACUUUCUGUUCAGAUUUGAAACAAUUAAGAGGUCCACUAAUUACCACAACUUUAGUAAAAAGUCCACGUGGUUUUGGAUUUACAAUUAUCGGUGGUUCUGAUUGUAAUCGGUCAGCAUAUCUACAGGUAAAACAUCUUGUACCAGGUGGUCCAGCUUCAUUGAACAGUCAGUUGGCAGUUGGUGAUGUAAUGGUUAGUGUAAAUGGUACAAAUGUUCUUGGCUAUACGCAUUCUCAAUUGGUGUCAUUAUUUCAAUCAAUUCCAGUUGGUGCUAGCAUCAGUUUACUUGUAUCACAAGGUUAUCGAUUGAGAAGAGAUGUCAAUGAUUCUCCUAAUCGUAUGAAUGCAAUAUCCGAUGGUCUUGGAUCAUCGCUUCCAUCUGGAAACAACAUCAAACUUGGAGAAGAUACGUUAAGUGAUCUGCCUUCUUCCGAUUCACAUCCACCUGGUUCAUCUAGGAAUUCUGCUGUAAUCUCUUCACAUUCAUCUCUUUCACCUCCUUCUUCCAAUGGUACUUCUUCCCAAGAACUUAUUGUUCGUUCUCCAUCUAAUCCACAUGGUGCUGGUAAACUGAGAAGUUCACAAAGACCUGAAUUUUUAAAGGUUUCAAUUUUUAAGCAAGCUAAUGGUUUUGGAUUCACAUUAGCCGAUCAUAUUCAAGGACAACAUGUAAAGGCUAUAUCAGAUCCAGCACGCUGUGGUCGACUUCGUGUUGGUGAUGUGGUUGUCGAGAUUAAUGACCAACGUGUAAAAGAUAUGCCUCAUGUGGAAGUGGUUCAAAUAUUGAAACAGUGUCCAGUUGGUAAAGAAGCUCGUUUACUUGUUCAACGUGGUGGUCUGUAUACUUCUCCGUUGUCAUUGUUGGAUUCUGAGUUACUCGGAAUGAAUUCUUUGAAUUUAAGCGAACAGCGUUAUCGUGGGAAUACAGUGAAUCAUCAGUAUGUCGAUAAUGUAAAUUCCAAAACGAAUGCGUUAUUACAGUCGACAGUAACAGUGGUUCCUUCACCUUCCAACAGUACUACUAUUGCUGCUAGUAUACUGAACACUACUAACAACUUGAGUUUGAUUUAUGCUACACCACAACCUCAAAGAAAUAAUGUCUCCUCCAGAAUUGGCUAUCAUCAUACAUCUGGUAGUACAGGAGAGAACAGUAUCUCUUCAAGCAGUUCAUCACAUAUACGUGCACAAACCCCAGACCCAUAUGUAGAUCGGUGUUUAGGCCUAGAUAGCCCUAGUCAUCAAUGGCAUCAUCAUCCUCAUCAACAACAGCAACAUCCUCUAUAUCAACAUCAAACCUCAGAUUUAGCUACUAAUCCAAAUAUCGACCAUCCAGAUUAUAUUCCUCAUUAUUCACCAAGUAACAAUAAUGGGAAUAAUGCAAAUUUGACUGUUAUUCACGAUCGACGCCGACGCGUACAUCCUGUCGAUGAUAGUGUUGUUGGCCUAAAUAAAGAUAACUUUCCAUCCGGAUCGCCUAACUCAUCAACAACUUAUGGUUCGCUACUACGACCUGGUCGCAUGCUUCCUUUGCGUUAUUCUCAAUCAGCUGUUAGCAAUCGACCUAAUAAUAGUACUGUUCCAUCUGGACCAUUGUGUAUGCUUCCAGGAGAAUUUCUUGUGCACUUGAAACGUCAGUCAACUGGUUUUGGAUUUAAUUUAGUCGGAGGAGCUGAAGAAAAUACUCAGGUAUCCAUUGGUGCUAUGCUCAUGGGGGGUUCAGCACAACUUAGUGGCGUUGUACGUACUGGAGACAAGCUUAUAUCAAUCGAUGGCGUACGUGUAAUCGGUGCAACGCAUGCAGAAGUUGUCGAUUUAUUGGAUAGAGCUGCACAUACUGUGGGUCAAGUUACACUUGGUUUACAAAGAGGAAAGGUUGAAUCGGAGAACAACAAUGCUCGUCGUUUGUCAGAGCCAGUAGAUGUUGUCAUUUCAAGAAGUGAAAAAGGCGAUGGUUUCGGUUUCUUUUUGACAAAUACAAGACCAGGAAGUAAUCCACAGUCUAAACAUUCAAAUCCGAACAAUAGUCUUCAGAAUGCAGAAUAUAUCGCUCAACUUGUGCCGGGUAGUCAAGCGGAGCGUAUGGGUCUACUGUCUGUUGGUGAUCAAAUAUUGGCUGUAAACGGUAUUCCAACUUGUGGAUUACAUCAUGAUGAGGUUGUUCGUCUUAUUCGAGAAAGUGGUAAUCAUAUUGCCUUGAAAAUUUUACCAUAUUCUGGCUCAGCACCACGUGGGCGUAAACAUCCUUUACCUAUUAGAGAUUCAGUAGAGUUCCCUGUAACACUGUUUCGUGGAAGUCGGGGUUUUGGUUUUUCGAUUCGUGGUGGACAAGAAUUUAAUCAAAUGCCUUUAGUAGUCUUACGUAUUGCAGAUGGUGGUGCUGCUCAAAUGGAUGGUAAUUUAAAGGUUGGUGAUGAGUUAGUCGAAAUAAAUGGUUAUUCAACUAUUGGUAUGUCACAUGGACAAGCUAUUGAAAUUAUUCAACGCGGUGGAAGUACAAUGCGAUUAAUUGUACGACGACGUUCUUCACAUGUCAAACCACAACAACUAUCUAAUGGUUUAGUUAAUGUUACUGACAAUCGUACAAUGACAGGACCAUCAUAAAUAAAGUCUUAUACAGGUAAAAUAUAAACAAAUGCACAGACGUAGUUUUAACAAAUAUGAUGCUUCAUCCAACUGGUUUCAGCGAGCGAUAAUAGAAAAAAAUCAUUCCUCUCCUAAUAAUAACAGUAGUGGUAAUACGAAUCAUUUUCAGAGGAAAAGUGAAUUUCUCCGAUGGACAAUCCGUAAAUAAAUGAAUCGAUAACAACUCUGCAUGUGUUUAUUUAUUUUACUGAUUUGCUUAGGCUGAUCAAAUACUUUCACAGUGUCAUUGUUUGUUUCUCUUUUGUUGUGUAUUUCUUUACCAUUUUUAUUUCUUAUAUGAUUUUUGUUCGUAUUCAUUCUCGGCCUUCGUCAAACUCUUUCAAACCUCGCUCACUUUGUUCAUCACUGAAGAUAAAUGAACAAAGUGUAUAUUUCCUUGUUCAAUAGUCAAUUUAUUUGAUCUUUUUUUUUUCUAAGCUAACUUUUACUUUUCACUUUCUGGCAAUCAUGAUGACGAUAAAUUGAAUGAUGAAUAUACUCCGAUACAUUAUUUUUACAUACUACUACGCUUUUUACCAUUAUUUCUACUACAGUUACUAGUAAUAUAUUGCUGUCAUACAUUAUAACGACAGUAUAAAGAAUGAACAAAAUUAUUGAUGAUCACUUUUUCCAGAUAUCAUCAAUGAUGGAAUCACUUUAAAACGGAAAGAGACUGUUCCACGUGAAUACGUAAUCACUGUACUUUACUGUUCUCAUACUCGUAUUGACUUAUGUUGAUUCAUCUAAUCAGAAAUUUGUAUUUUAUUUUAUUUUACUUAUGCUUAUUUCAUAAAUGAAUGAUACGCG